CUGCGUGUGAGUUGUUAGUUUCGGUUACUUUAUUUUUGAGCAGGAAGUUAAACAUUCGAUCAAGUCACUUCCGGUUCGAACAAAGAUGGUCGGCUAUAUCAUAGUGGUGAUGAUAUCACGAAUAACAAAAGAUAUACGCGCGUGAUCAUCACUAAAUCCUUUUCAAUAGUAUCAUGGUUAAGGUCAUGGUUAUAAAGGGAAGUACCGGAAAUACGCUAAAUCUGAAAGAAUUAUGCCAAGCCGUGGUGAUUAACUUGCCAAGAUUACUUCCUUUCGACUUGACGUUAUUCUAUUGAACAGAUUGGGUUGAUUGUGUAGUGUCAGAUCAGAUCAUACCCCAUGUGUUAGAAUAGUUGAAGCCAAACGUGCGUGACACCACAUUGUUUCGAAUACCUCCAUGCAUGAAACGCGCCAGUUGGUUUGCGGUCGAUCAUAUCAUCAUUACUAGCUGACCCGGCUUUUACCACGAACUUCCACGUAUUUUCUUCCAUAACCGACUCUACCCGUAUGAGUUAUGAUUACAUCAUUUCCCUGUUGGUUAGGGGUUCGCUUAGUACGACAGUUGUUCCUGUAUCAGCAUUUAGUGUCAACAGCCGAUGAAAUGAGCUUAGCUUGAAUCUAAUUUUCGUUUCAUUUGCACAAUAGCUAUAACGUGCUAAACAUCACAAAACCAGAAGUAUUCCACUGUCCACAAAAGUCAUUUGUUUCAUCAAUUCAAGUAAUUUGGCCCAAGGUAAUGGCAGAAAACACUACAUCAAAAUCUUUGUACGAAGACUUGCAGCCUAUCCAAGGUGUUAUUCUUGGCUUGAUAGGUACGCCAGGGAUUAUAGCAAACAUCUUUGCUAUAGUGGUGACUGUUAAGCUGCUACGCCAGCAGAAUUUAAGUCCGAACGUAUUUGUGUUUGGUCUAGCAUGUAUGGACUGUUUUGGUAUAAUCGUGGUAUGUACUCCAACAUGGCUGUGCUAUAUAUUUGGUCGCUGGGCUGGAGGACAGCAAAUGUGUAAAUUUCAAGGCUUCAUGACACUGUUCUGUACACUGGGGACAGGGUUUAUAGCCACAUCGAUGUCUGUAGACAGGUUUAUUGCAGUUAAAUGGCCGUUACAUCACAGGCAACGAGUGACAGCCAAAGUGGCCAAGAGACUUGUAUUAGGUCUUGUCACAACAGCUGGUGUCGUAGCAAGCUUUCCAGUUCUUGGGUUUGGCAGCUUCGUCAUGAAUUUGACCGGGACUUACUGCACACUUAACUGGUUUGCAGAAGAUAAAGAAGACAUAUCAUUCUCAUACAUGUAUGCAGUGAUAGGAAUGAUGCUGGUGGUUACAGUUAUUUUCUGCAAUAUUAACGUUGUUGUCAAACUUUGCAAGCGAGAAGACAAGCUGCGAGGCAUGUCACGGAAGAGUGAACAACAAGAGAACCAAGCGAGCAGAACACUUGAAAAACAGUUUACUAAAAUGAUGAUAGUGAUAUCACUGAUGUUCCUCAUCUGUUGGACUCCUUUCGUGAUUCGCAUCAUCAGUAACUUAGCAGGAGUCUGGAUAAGCUGGUCAGCAGAUCUGCAGGCUUCAAGGCUACUUCUUCUAAACUUGGUUCUCGAUCCAUUCACAUACGUCUUGACACGACAGCAUUACCGUCAUGCAUUGCGUGACCUUUGCUGUGCAUGUCGCAAGAAUAAACGGCGCCAAGGAUUUAAAGGGAACAGCUCACUGACGUCAUCCAGUAGGAACAUCCGAAUAACCAAUUCUAGUAAUAUACUUGACGUUAUUGACAUAAAGGAAGAGCCAGUUAAAGAACAGGAAGUAAUGAAAAAUAUGAAAAGUAGUGAUUCAUGCAAUGAGUCGCUGGUCUGAAGCCACAGCACGAAAACUAACAAUACAACAAAGAAAGACAACGAAAAAGAAAAGGAAUGAAGUAAAGUGAAAGCAUUAAAACCACAAUUAAUCAUACCACAAUUUAGCCGGAAUGGAACGACAUGGAACCAUUGUUGACUAUGAUGGAACUAGAAGUAUCAUUAAGAGACACAACCAGUGAAUUUGCGAAGAGCAAAAAAAUCGCCAGCCUAAACUGCAGAAAUCAUGAGGGAUGCUCUUCUUACUUCUGUUAAAAGUUGAUUUUUUAGUAUCUUUACUGCGCUCUUUCCAAACCAGCCGAUCCUCAGUUUACUACAUAACCAACGUAGACUGCUACCAUAGUGAUUUCUUGUAUUUAGCCGAACAGCAUUUACCUACAGGUGCCUGGCCUGAUUUAGAAAUCACGAUGGGCCGGGGCCUGUAUUCCCUUAGUCUCCUGCGCAGCCGCUAUUAGUUAAGUAGCUACUUAGGGGAGUGAGCGUGGCGUGACGAAACUAAUAACGGCUGCGUAGGAGACUAGUAUUCCCUUCAGUAUCUUUGAUCUACUCUCCCCAUUUCAAAACUUCUUAAGGCUUGUAUAAUGGAACCGUUAAUAAUGAUAUGAAUUCUAGUUCCUUAUUAUGGCACGUCAAAGCCAUAAAGAUAUGACAUUUAAUUUU